UUUUUUUAUUUAAAAUUGAAUUUUACAAAUCGUCAUAAAUUUCCCUCUUAAACAUGAAUAAAGUAUGAAUAGAGCAUCAGGAGGGUCGUUUAGAUUGAAUUGGUAAUCCUUUUGACCCUAAAAAUCUGGCUAAUAACGGACCAAGAUUAUAUGACAGCAAACAAGAAAAUCUGAACCAGCAUAAGCUUCAAACUGGGAGAAAAUCUGGCGGUCUGAGGCCUAUUAGCCAUAAAGCUUUGGCCAAAGUAAGAGCCUGUUCUUCCAAGCUCAGGAAAGACACUUAUUUUCACCGAGAGGAGUCUAAAACUAUUGAGCUGGAAUAUACGCCAGACAAUAAGAAAAGACCGCCAAAUAUUCGAUAUUCUUCAAUAAUCUCUACUGUGGCUACUAAAAAGGUUAGCAUAGGCUCUUCCAGUCGAACUCAUUAUAAUCGGUCCUUUGACCGAGGAAAUGAGAGGUUUGAAGAACGUAAGAUUUGUCAAAGAUCUCAACAAAGAAUCGCAUACUGGAAUGAGCAACCGAAUCGUUCAGUGAUGAAGGUUCUGGAGAAGAUCAGUGAAGAAAACCCAGUCACUCCUUCGCAAUCCGUAACCCACAAUAAGUCUAAAGCUAGGCAUGCUUAUAAAUCUAUCUUCGAUUUUGGAAAGUCAAGGAGGAAUGGCUCCAGACCUCUGGAGGAGUCUAAACUUGCUCAUGCUCAAAUAAGCAACAAUUUCUCCGGUUCCACCACAAAUCAGAGGCUAUCUCAAAUAGAGGAAUCGAAAAUCCUAGCUGUUAGGAAUCCCAAUUAUCAGUGUAAUCAGAUCAAAAAUAGGUCUUCACAGCUUCGAAAGAAAGCGAGCUCUGAAAUAUUCAAUCAAGAGGAACUCAUACAGGACUGCUUAUCUGAAGUCCAUCCUUUGGAGGACAAGAUUCGGCAGUUGAAAAAUAGGGAAAGGAGGAACCAGCUGCAGGAUAUCAGAAAUCUGUCUAUUUUUACCAAACAUGGGGCUUCUGAUCGAACUAAGAGUUUCAUUCCUGCUAAGAAGAAUCAUAGAGGGAGAAAAAGGGUUAAAAUGGAAUGGCUUCAGUUAAAAGAUCCCAACCGACGGAACUUUAAAGCUUAUAGGUUAUUUGAUCGUAAUGAGAUUUACCAAGCACAAGAAUUUUUAUCUAAAUUGGUUGACGCCGACCAAGAUGAUGACUACGAUACUGACAGCGAGGUCCUCUACAGAGCUAGAGAGAAAGUUACGCAUGACUUAAACGAGGCACUGGCUUUGCAUAUGGAAGGUGAGAGAGUCCUCAGGACUAGCACCCUCGAGCUUAUUGAGUACUAUAAACACAAAAGGAGGCACAGGACUUACUAACCACCAGGUCUCCUUUCU